AUGGGAACAGAGAGGAAGAGGAAGGUGAGCCUGUUCGACGUGGUGGACGACACGUCGUUAUCGAAGUUGUCCAGGGUCAACGGCGGAGCCUCGUCGGUGGUGCCGUCGACGGUAAACAAGUGGAACUCGAGACCUUAUUCGCAGAGAUAUUAUGAGAUUCUGGAGAAGAGGAAGACUCUUCCCGUGUGGCACCAGAAGGAGGAGUUUCUGCAGACGCUUAAGGCCAAUCAGACCCUAAUUCUUGUCGGUGAAACUGGAAGUGGUAAAACCACGCAGAUUCCCCAGUUUGUUCUUGAUGCAAUUGAGAUAGAGAGUCCUGAUAAGCGCAAGAAGUUUAUGGUUGGAUGCACUCAGCCUCGUAGGGUGGCUGCUAUGUCUGUCUCGAGGAGAGUUGCUGAAGAAAUGGAUGUUACAAUAGGCGAGGAAGUAGGUUACAGUAUCCGUUUUGAGGAUUGCAGCAGUUCAAGAACUGUUUUAAAGUAUUUAACAGAUGGUAUGCUUUUGAGAGAAGCCAUGACAGAUCCACUAUUGGAGAGAUACAAAGUGAUAAUUCUUGAUGAGGCCCACGAGAGAACUUUGGCUACAGAUGUUCUAUUUGGGCUGCUGAAGGAAGUCUUGAGAAACAGGCCUGACCUUAAACUAGUUGUUAUGAGUGCCACUCUUGAGGCCGAAAAGUUUCAAGGGUACUUCAGUGAUGCUCCACUCAUGAAAGUUCCUGGAAGGCUUCAUCCUGUUGAGAUUUUCUAUACUCAGGAGCCAGAAAGGGAUUACCUUGAAGCUGCAAUAAAAACCGUUUUCCAGAUUCAUCUUUGUGAACCUCCUGGUGACAUACUUGUUUUCCUCACUGGUGAAGAGGAAAUAGAAGAUGCCUGUAGAAAAUUGACCAAGGAAUUUGCUAAUGCUGGUGAUCAAGUCGGACCAGUCAAAAUAGUUCCACUGUACUCCACGCUUCCUCCAGCUAUGCAGCAGAAGAUUUUCGAGCCUGCUCCACCACCGGCAGUGGAAGGUGGCCUGCCUGGAAGGAAGAUAGUUGUUUCUACAAAUAUUGCCGAGACAUCCUUAACAAUCGAUGGCAUAGUCUAUGUCAUUGACCCUGGUUUUGCUAAACAAAAAGUCUAUAACCCGCGAAUUCGUGUUGAGUCGCUUUUGGUGUCUCCUAUUUCGAAGGCUAGUGCUCACCAGCGGUCGGGUCGUGCUGGAAGAACGCAACCUGGAAAAUGUUUUAGGCUCUACACUGAAAAGAGUUUCAAUAACGAUCUUGUGCCUCAGACGUAUCCGGAGAUAUUGCGUUCGAACCUUGCCAAUACUGUAUUGACUUUGAAGAAGUUGGGGAUAGAUGAUUUGGUCCAUUUUGACUUUAUGGACCCACCUGCUCCAGAGACGCUGAUGAGAGCAUUGGAGGUCUUGAAUUACCUAGGAGCCCUUGAUGAUGAUGGGAACUUGACCAAGUUGGGUGAGGUCAUGAGUGAGCUUCCCUUAGAUCCUCAGAUGGCGAAAAUGCUUGUUGUCAGCCCGGAUUUCAAUUGUUCCAACGAAAUCCUGUCUAUAUCCGCCAUGCUUUCAGUACCCAAUUGCUUUGUCCGGCCUAGGGAAGCUCAAAAGGCUGCAGAUGAAGCUAAAGCCAGGUUUGGCCACAUUGAUGGGGAUCAUCUCACGCUAUUGAAUGUGUACCAUGCUUACAAGCAAAACAAGGAAGAUCCGCAGUGGUGCUAUGAGAAUUUUAUCAACCACAGGGCAUUGAAAUCUGCGGACAAUGUGAGACAGCAGCUAGCUCGGAUUAUGGCCAGAUUCAACCUGAAGCUGUGCAGCACAGAUUUCAACAGCCGUGAUUACUAUGUGAACAUCCGUAAGGCUAUGCUGGCUGGUUACUUCAUGCAGGUUGCCCAUUUGGAGCGCACAGGCCACUAUUUGACUGUGAAAGACAACCAGAUUGUUCACCUGCAUCCUUCAAAUUGCCUUGACCACAAGCCGGAGUGGGUUAUCUACAAUGAGUAUGUACUUACAAGCAGGAAUUUCAUCCGGACUGUGACAGAUAUUCGUGGUGAAUGGUUGGUAGAUAUUGCACCUCAUUACUAUGAUCUGACGAACUUUCCUAAUUGUGAGGCCAAGCGCCAACUAGAAAAACUGUAUAAGAAGCGGGAGAGUGCCAAAGAAGAGAGCAGAAAUAGGAGGUGA